AUGCUGUCCACCAGCGAAGACGCCGGGUUCUACUCGCACAAUCGCGACCAUUCCGAAGCGGGCGAAUCCGACGGCACGCAGGAUAUCCUUACAUGCGGGUCGUGUCAGAAAACGUUCGCCCUCGCCGACAUCGUGCGGUUCAUCCAGCACAAGGUGCUCCAGUGUAACAAGGAGAACUAUGGCCGCUGCUUCACCCAAGGUAACGGAACGGAUCGCGAUUCAGAUGACGGACGUCGGUUGACGACGCUGGCCAACACCACGACCGGCAGCCUUCACAUGGCAACGAGGCGCGCCUCCAUGCCGAACGUAUCCUGCCGACCCACCAAGCCACCCCCAGUGGUGGGUGGUACGUCCACCUCCUCGGUCGAACCCACCGCCAGCAGUUCCUUCGAUCGGCGCGUUCAUUCGCCACCACUGACCAGCCCGGCCGAGCUGCUGCGGGAUGGUGCGUCCAGCACACCGAAACGGCUAGGCGAUGAACCCGAGAACGCAUCCACCCACUGCCCGUCACGGGGUGCCAGCCCGCUCGGUUGCAGCCUAGACGACGACCACGACCAAAAACCGUCCGUCCGAGCGCUCGAGAUCAAGCAGGAACGCAUGGACAUCGACCCGGUGUCGUGUGGGGGCGGUGGGGAAGACGAGGACGAGUUUUCCACCAACCCCCGGAAACCCAUCGCACCCCACCGAAAUGGAAAUUUUACCAGUAGAGAGAAGGGGGGUUCGGAGGGGCCACAGCGACGGAAUGUGUCGAGUGAACCCAGCAACUACGUCUGUUCGACGUGCAAAACGAAGUAUCACUCGGCCUGGCGGUUGGUGCAACACGUGCAGCAUGCCCACGGUGUUAAGAUCUACGUCGAAUCGUUGGCUAGCACCGGAAGCCAGGAUGGUGGUGCAGCUCCAACUGAGGAUUCCGAUGCACCCGAGACAGCUGCCGCUGACACCGAGGAAGCUCACGGCAGACGGCCAGCAUCGACCGUUUCAGCGACAGACUCAAUCGACCCAAAAUCAACCGGAAAUGGUGCAUCAAACGCGUCUCCUCGAAGUCCUGUACGAUCGCGCAGUACGAGUCGCACUCGAAAGGAACCGAGCGAGGAUCAGCACGCUACGGACGCGUCAAAGCAGUCACCCACAAGCAACGGGCGGCUUCCGGUGGAAGGACCCCAGCCAAUGGAAGUCGUAACAAAUGGCACAUUAGAAGCCGCCGAGUCGGAUGGUGAGAUCGAGCUGCGAAGUUCCAAGCGGCCAAAGCUGGCCAAUAAUAACACGAGCACUGGUAGCAGCAACAGCAGCAGUUCGAAUGGCAACAACCACCUGGAAGAGGUAGCACUAGCCCUCACGAGUCCGCAGCUAUCAUCCUCAAGCACAACGCCACAGCCGCCAGCCGCUCAGUCACUAACAGCCGCCCAGCCGCCAAGUACUCGGCCGCCUUCAAGUGGUGGUUUAACGCCGAAUCGUGGUGUUGAGGCUACACCAACGCUAGCACCACCAGGACUUCGAGCACAUCCUGCACAUGCCCUGCUGGCCCCACCGGAACUCCACCCGAACCCAUUCGGGUUGUUGCGGAUGCCUCACCCAUCCCACAGCCCUUCGCUUUUCGGUCGAACUCAUCACGACUUUCGAAUGGAGCACCUGAUGUCGGAGCAGUUCCGUAGCCACGGGCUCAACCUAGCGGCGGCGGCCGUUGCUGCGGCAAAUCAACUUAAAUCCCACGGUCAACAGUUCAACCCCGCAACAGGCGCUACCGCCUCCGAACGGCCACCAUCCGCCGGUGCGACUCUUUCGACGGAAACCCACCUCGAUUACUACUCCCAGCGGUUGCGUCAACUCGCGGGCACAACCAGCCCGGGAGCGAACCUAACCUCAAACUCUUCCGGUUCACCGAGUCCGCGCAAGCAACCCCACUCACCGCCACACUUCGCUAGCCCAUCGCCUUCCCAACUGCCCCCAACGCCACUCACCAACAGCUCGCGUCCCCAGAGCCUAACACCGCCCGAGAAACCGUCGGCCGAACAGCUGCUCGGACUGGAAGCAAGCGGGCUGGGUGCGCUCGUUGGAGCACCCCGAUCGGCUUCGACACCCCCAAAUAAGCACCGCUCAACAACGGCGUCGACGGCGGCCAUCCCACGAUCGGCCGCCUCCGAGGGUGCGCUUUACUCCUGCGAGUACUGCGGCAAAAAGUUCCGCUUCCAGAGCAACCUGCUGGUGCACCGACGAACGCACGCAUCCUCGGAGUUGCCGUUCCGGUGUGCGAGCUGUGAGUUUGCGUGUGCCACCGUUGGCAAGCUGAAGCGGCACACCAAGCUGGUGCACGGUGGAGGACGUCGACGACCUUCCGGACCCGUGUCGGAACCGGAUUCGGGUGCCAGCAACGUGGGGUCGCUUGAGAGUGACAUGGAGGAUUCGGAUUCGGCGGAGAUGCUCGAUGCGGAUGAGCUGCAGUUGGAUGGCGAUCGUGAGGCUGAUCGACGGCGGCGACUUGCGAGGGAGGCUGACGAUGAGGAUGAUGAUGGGGAUGAUGCGGAUGAUGAUGAGGAUGAUCCUGAGGAGGAAGAUGAGGAUGUGGACGAUGACGAUGAUGAUGAUGAGGCGGAGGAUCUCAGUAUGAGCAGCACGCAGAGUCAAUCGAAGAAGGAUGGUGGAGGUGGAUCCUUGCCGAUGUCGAGUUCGCUCGUGGGUGAGCUGAUGGAUAAGUUUGGUCUUUCCAACAUCGCGCAGUACUCGGAAGCGUACAAGCAAGCGCUGCAGGAGUCGGGAAAUGCGCUCAAACUGCAGCUCACGAGCAAGGAUCGGGACAAUAACAACAGCGCCAUGGCCAUUCCGGGGUUGGCGGAGAAGCUGAACGGGUUGCCAGCGUCACUGCGCAUCAAGGAGGAGCUGGCGAAGAAUAUGCUGCAGCACCAUAACGCCCAACUGCCGCAGGUGCCGCUGUUUAACCCCUUCGAGAACCCUUUCGAGGUGUCGAAACGCAUGAAGCUCGAGGGUGGUGAUAGCUGGUGGGGUCUUCCGGGCCUGCACCGAGGGGAUGCGUUGUUCGAGAACCUGAAACCGGGCCGUGAUGGAGGUGUAGGUGGUCGAGGACCGGCCGCCGGUUUGCUGCAGCCGUUGAUGAAGAAGGAAAGCAAACUGCGCAACGAUACGUGCGAGUUCUGUGGGAAGGUGUUUAAGAACUGCUCGAACUUGACGGUGCAUCGGCGAAGCCACACGGGCGAGAAACCGUACAAGUGUGAGCUCUGUUCGUACGCCUGUGCGCAGAGUUCGAAGCUAACGCGUCACAUGAAAACGCACGGUCGGCUUGGGAAGGACGUGUAUCGGUGCCGAUUUUGUGAGAUGCCGUUUAGCGUCCCGUCCACGCUUGAGAAACACAUGCGUAAGUGUGUCGUCAACCAGGGCAAGCUGCAGCAACAGCAACAGCGUGAAUUGCAACACCUGCAGCAAGCGCAGCAGCAACGCGAACUGCAACACCAUCAGCAACAGUUGGCGGCCGCUGCAGCCGCCGCAGCCGCCCAGCAACAGCAGCAACAAUUAGCCGCCCAGCAGAUGGCGCUAGCGGCGCAUCGUGAACGCGAUCACCACCGAGAGCGAGAACGCGAUCGUGAUCGUGAACGUGAUCAUCUGCAUCAUCACCACCACCAGCAACAGCAGCAGCAGCAGCAGCAGCAGCAGCAGCAACACCAGCAAUCGGCGGCCAUGUUGGCAGCCGCCGCAGCCGCCUCACCUUCACACGCAGGACCACCGGGACCGCCAUUGCCGCCUGGUUUGUUGCUGCCACCAUUACCAGCCGCCGUUGCAGCAGCCGCCGCCGCAGCUGCCAGUGUAUCAGCGGACGAGGGCACAACCAGCGGAUCGGUGGGCGCUUCUUCGACCUCUUCAGCCGCUGCUGCAGCAGCCGCCGCCGCCGCAGCAGCAGCCGCCCUGAUAAAGGAAGAAGCGGCAACGGCAUGA